UUCAUUAAAAAUAUUUUUUUAUUGAAGUAUAUAUGCAUUCAGAAAAAUGCCCACAAAUAUGCAACCUGAACACACAUGUAAACCAACACUCAGAUUAAAAAAAAUAGACCAUUAUCAGCACUUUGUGAGCCUCCCCAUGUUCUCUUUCAGAGUCAUUACUCCACUAAGAGUAAUGACUACAUUGACUUCUAACAGCAUGGGUAGUUUCCGGUUUAGGGCUCGUACAAAGUAUGGGUAUGCACUUUUAGUGAACAUAUAUACACACAUUUCUGUUGGGUAUACAACUAGGAGUGAAAUUGUUAGGACAAAGGCUAUGCAUAUAUUCGGCUUUAGCAGGUACUGCCAAACAGUGUAACAAAGUGAUGUACUAAUUUAUGUUCCUUUCAGCAACAUAUUAGAGUUCCAGUUGCUCCACAAUCUUGCCAGUACUUGGUAUCGUCUGUCUUUUUCAUUUUAGCCUUUCUGGUGAGUAUGUAAUGGUAUCUCAAUGUGAUUUUAAUUUGCAUUUACUCUUUGUGUUUCAGAAUGGGGCAGAUUAAAAUGCAGGCGUUAAUCCCCUACAUCUGCCAGAAAUUUCCCUUUUGGGUGAUUACCUAAUGGAACUUAGAACCUUUUUCCUGUACUGGAGGCAAUAUAGAGGAUGAAAGCAACAAGCUUUGCAAUCUGACAUAUUGAGGUUUGAUUCUCAGCUCCAGUGCUUACUUGCUUUGUUACCUUGAGAAAUUUAUUUAACUUUUCUCAAUUUCAUGUAAAAUGGCACUAAUAAUAGUACUAUCUCACUAGGUUAUUAUGCAAAUUAAAUCAGAUAAAAUAUGUAAAAUGUUUUGCAAAGUUCUCAGUACACUGAUCACAUAGUCAACAAAUGGCAGCUAUUAUUAUACCUUAUAUUGUUUAUGCACAUCUCAUUUCCCCCUCUGAUUUACACAUUCUGUGACAAAGCAAUAGCACACAUUUGCUGCCUCACAUAUAAGAAUUGCUGAUAAAGACUGGUUGAAUGGACGAUUUUAAACAUUAAUAUAAACGGAAGGUAUUGUGGUUAUUGUUAUAAAAGACGGCAAAUUAUUAUAACAUCUAUAAUACAAAAUGCACUGCUAAUGAGUAAUACAUUAUUUCAACAAGUGUCUCUCCUAUUUACCUUCAUCAUUUAGCAGUUAAGAAAAUUAAUGCAGUAGAGAAACACUACUGGAGCAAUUAGUAAUGACAAUUAGAUGUCCCAUUGCAUUUGUGAGGGUUCCAGAGGCUUCUCCCUUUAAAUCCAAAACCAAAACAAACCAAAACACCACCCCAGGAACAAAAACAAAAGCACCACUUUUCUGAAGAGACGUUAAGCCUUUCAAAUUUUAACAGACCCUUUGUUCAGCAGUGGAGAAACUGAGGAGGCAACAUCUUCCGUACAAGAUGGCGCCGCCCAUGUGUACACCCCCGCUAGGAUUACGUCCUCUUAGCCAGUCGCAGGACCGGAAGUUGUAUCGGCCCUAGUGGAUCCGGGUGGGUGCGAGCAGGUGGACGCAGAGGUUCCAGUUCUUCAGUGUGAGGUGCUGCAGGUGUGCGAGGCGGGUCGGGGCCGCAGAUUGUGGGAUUAGUGAUAUGCGUUCCUAAACAGCAGCAGAGUUGAAGAUGUCCAGACACCUAGUGGCUUUGACAGUGACCACCCUUCUUGGUGUGGCUGUGGGGGGGUUUGUCCUAUGGAAAGGCAUCCAGCGCCGGAGGAGUAAAACGAGCCGCGGGACCCACCAGCAGCUGCAGCAGCAGCAGCAGCAGCAGCAGCAGCAGCAGCAGCAGCAGCAGCAGCAGCAGCAGCAGCGAGCUCCUGGCAGGAGAGAGCUGCCCCUUCCAGAGGAGGACCAGCUGCACGCCAGUGCUUCCAGAGCCUCAUGGGAGGAGAGGAUCCUUGAAGCAAAGGUGGUGACGGUGUCUCAGGAGGCAGAGUGGGAUCAAAUCGAGCCCUUACUUAGGAGUCAGUUAGAAGAUUUUCCAGUGCUUGGAAUUGACUGUGAGUGGGUGAAUUUGGAAGGCAAAGUCAGUCCUCUGUCACUCCUUCAAAUGGCCUCCCCAAGUGGCUUCUGUGUCUUGAUUCGCUUGCCCAAGUUGAUCUGUGGAGGAAAAACACUACCAAAAACGUUACUGAACAUUUUGGCAGAUGGCACUAUUUUAAAAGUUGGAGUAGGAUGUUCCGAAGAUGCCAGCAAGCUUCUGCACGAUUAUGGCCUUGUAGUUAAGGGAUGCCUGGACCUCCGAUACCUAGCCAUGAGGCAGAGAAACAAUUUGCUCUGUAAUGGGCUUAGCCUGAAAUCACUCGCGGAGACUAUUUUGAACUUUCCCCUUGACAAGUCCCUUGUACUUCGUUGUAGCAACUGGGAUGCUGAGAAUCUUACUGAGGACCAGGUAAUUUAUGCUGCCAGGGAUGCCCAGAUUUCAGUGGCUCUCUUUCUCCAUCUUCUUGGAUACCCUUUCUCUAGGAAUUCAACUUUAGAAGAAAACGAUGACCUCAUCGGCUGGAGAAAAGUCUUGGAGAAAUGCCAGGAUGUAGUAGACAUCCCAUUCCGAAGCAAAGACAUUAGCAGAUUGGGAGAAGAGGUUAAUGGGGAUGCAACAGAAUCUUUGCAGAAGCCAAGAAAUAAGAAGUCUAAGAUUGAUGUAACGGUGCCAGGCAACCACCAAGGGAAAGACCCCAGAAAACAUAAAAGAAAGCCCCUGGGGGUGGGCUAUUCUGCCAGAAAAUCACCCCUCUAUGAUAACUGCUUUCUCCAUGCUCCUGAUGGACAGCCCCUAUGCACUUGUGAUCGAAGAAAAGCUCAGUGGUACCUGGACAAAGGCAUUGGAGAGCUGGUGAGUGAAGAGCCUUUUGUGGUCAAGCUGCAGUUUGAACCUGCAGGAAGACCUGAAUCUCCAGGAGACUACUACUUGAUGGUUAAGGAGAACCUGUGUGUAGUGUGUGGCAAGAAAGACUCGUACAUUCGGAAGAACGUGGUUCCACAUGAGUACCGGAAGCACUUUCCCAUUGAGAUGAAGGACCACAACUCCCACGAUGUGCUGCUGCUGUGCACCUCCUGCCAUGCCAUCUCCAACUACCAUGACAACCAUUUGAAGCAGCAGCUGGCCAAGGAGUUCCAGGCCCCCAUUGGCUCUGAGGAGGGCCUGCGCCUGCUGGAAGACCCUGAGCGCCGGCAGGUGCGUUCUGGGGCCAGGGCCCUGCUCAACGCGGAGAGCCUACCUGCUCACCGGGAGGAGGAGCUGCUGCAAGCGCUCAGAGAAUUUUAUGACACAGACACGGUCACAGAUGAGAUGCUUCAAGAGGCUGCCAGUCUGGAGAUCAGGAUUUCCAAUGACAACUACGUUCCUCAUGGGCUGAAGGUGGUACAGUGCCAUAGCCAGGGCGGGCUGCGCUCCCUCAUGCAGCUGGAGAGCCGCUGGCGUCAGCACUUCCUGGACUCCAUGCAGCCCAAGCACCUGCCCCAGCAGUGGUCAGUGGACCACAACCAUCAGAAGCUGCUCCGGAAAUACAGGGGAGACCUUCCCGUCAAGCUGUCAUGAUAGCUGCUCCCCUCCCAGGCUCGGACAGCCGGGAAGCUGGAACCAAGGUUGAAAAGUCACCUCUUCCUGUUUUAAUACAUCAAUAAUUGUCAAAGCCUGGUGACACAGCUCAGAAUACUAACCCAUUCUGAUCUCAGGAUGCCUCUGGUGGAGCAAGGCUGUUGUUUUCAGGGGAGCCUAUAGUUUCGAAUUUUGGUCGGGCAGGUGAAAAAUUUGAUUUUCCUCCCUUUCAUUGUUACUUCUGUGGACAAGGUGGGCAUUGGCCUUUACUUUACUCUUUCUCUUCUGCUAUCCCUGUGCAGAUGGUAAAUGAAGGAUUCUCCCAGGAGUGACUUGUCAAGGCUAUCAGGUUUUUAAU